UGUGGACAUUAACAUUACUGGCAAUAAUCCACAAAAGAUACACAAAUGUGACUUGAAUCUUUUGUCCAUGGAGCUGGGAAAGAGGCCAGGGGCGGAAGAGGACCCAGGCACCCCUGCCAUCCCUUGCCCCUAAUAUAUGUUUGUAUUUCUCAUUCAGAUGAUGUAUUAUUGGGAUAUAGCAUAUUUCCCCCAGCAUGCUGCCUUACAUAACUAUUGUCUGUCCCUUGCCAUCACUUUGCUCACGAGGCAGGUGCACCACCAGCUUCAAGCAGUGACCGCUGAGGGAGGUGGGGGGAAUGGAUUUACUAGCUGGCAUUAAAAUCCUGGUCUCCCGGUCCCUGCUGGCUCUGAUGCCCAAGCCCUGAGUUUAGCGAGGAGCAGCGGCCACAGCCAGGGCCAGAUAAAUGGCGCGGGGUGUCCAUCCUGAAGAAGGCAGGGCUCCGUACCGACCCCUUCAGCAGCGAAGAGCUAAGCCCGCUACUACCCGGCCUACGGAAAAGGAGCUGGGGAAGCAGCGAGAACGAGGCUCCUCAGUUCCGUUAGUGGCGCCUUGGCCUCUGCGCCCCUUUGAAUUUGGCGCUUUGCCUUCCGAUUGGCUCAUUUUAGCAGCCAAUACACGCAAAAAACUUUGCCGGAUCGUGAGCCUAACCAAUCCCGCAGAGACAUUCGGCUGGGCGGCCAACCAAUGGCAGAGCGCAGCGUCACCGUCCGGGGGCCGGGUCGAGGUCUCCGCCGGGGACUAUAUAAAUAAAUAGUGGGGGUGCGGGGUCGCUUCGCGCUCAGACUGAGGUGUUCGAGCUUUUGCUUGAGUUCGAGCGUAGAACUCUUCAAACGAGUCGCUGAGCCGUGUGCGUCGCUCCCGUUUUCCUGCGCCAUGUCCGGCCGUGGUAAGGGCAGCGGCAAGACCCGCGCUAAGGCUAAAUCUCGAUCGUCCCGCGCCGGGCUGCAGUUCCCGGUGGGGCGCGUGCACCGGCUGCUGCGGCGCGGCCACUACGCGGAGCGAGUUGGUGCGGGCGCCCCGGUGUACCUGGCCGCCGUACUCGAGUACCUGACGGCGGAGAUCCUGGAGCUGGCGGGUAACGCGGCGCGGGACAACAAGAAGACGCGCAUUAUCCCGCGGCACCUGCAGCUCGCGGUGCGCAACGACGAAGAGCUCAACAAACUGCUGGGCGGUGUCACCAUCGCGCAGGGCGGAGUCCUGCCCAAUAUCCAGGCUGUGCUGCUGCCCAAGAAGGCGGGCGGCGGAGCUGGGCAGGCCAAGAGCGGCAAGAAGAGCAGCAGCCAGCAAUCGCAGGAAUACUAGGGCCGGCCACGCGCCGCCGGCGGAGACUCCCCCCACCCCCCCAGGCCCUUUUCAGGGCCGCCCACAGGGCUCAGCCGAAGGAGCUGCGGAUCCGUAGCGGGCUCGUGGGCGGGGAGAGGGCGAGGCCCCCGGCGCCUUAAGCUGGGUUGAGGGAGUCGGGCUUUCCGCAGAAGGGGGUGGGGCUUAGGUGCGCAACAGCCACUUCCCCGUGGGGUCGAGUGGGGAAGCUGCCUGGAGUCCGUUGUACGAAGCGGGGGGAGCCCAGCCUAACACUGCGCACGUGCCUUGAUAAUUAACUCAGCUGCUACCGAACCCUCUUGCGGUCCCCUGCGGGUGAAGCUGCUGUGUGCAAAGCCCUAGUGGCACAGGAAGCUACUGUAGGGUCUGUCGUCUUCUGCAAUUUCCUGCCCCUCCGCUGACACCCACUUGACAUAGCAGUGCAAACUGACCCUUAACAAAGACUCGUACGGAGGACAAGCGGUGUCCACCGUUAUAGCUUUUAAGAGUCGCCCCCUGAGGUUUGCUGGGGAAAGCUUAAACAAACUGCUCCUGGAUCCUUUAAAUAACUGUUAAUGUGUACCGACGGAGGACUGAAAAGAGACAUAUCAGAAUGCAGCUGUGGAGCUGCCUCAGUGUAUACUUUCUCUGAAAGUUUUUGGGGUUUUUUUGUUUGAAAGGAAUCCCUGCUUGCUGUUUAAUUACCUGUUUCAAAGUGCCACUGCUCUGAAAGAUGUAUAUCUACAUAUCUUGUUUUUCUUUUAACUUUGAGGCUGAGGGCAUCUUGCAUCAGAACAAUCCAAAACACUGUAAACUAACAAGCCCUCACCCUCUUGAGCAGCAGGCAGCUUUCACUUCUCUUAGCAGUGGUGUGACUCUUUACCAAUGUACUGUAAAAUUCUUUGUUUAAAAUGUUACAACUAUGACUUUGAUUCUGCAGCAAAGCCAUACUUUGUUUGACCUGUUUCAACAGACAGCACUGGCAGCCAGAAGCUCAGUACAGCCACUACAGGAUCAAACCAGAGAAAAUUACAGGGUUAGUGUAAACUUUUAGUUAACAGAAGAGCUGUGUCCUUUCACUUAGACACUGUUAAAUCUGCUGUAGUUGUCUUUGUAACUUCCUGCACAUCCCAGAAAAUGUUUUGUGUAAUAAAAUAUGGGGUAACCUGCUA